AUGAGUGCUCAGUGUCCUCCCCUUACGUGCCGCAUUACACCGCCUGGCCGGGCAGUACGUGUAAACAAACAGUUAACCACCACUUGUACAAUGUGUAGUUGUUCAUUAAAUACAGAGGCGUUAUUCCCUGAUGGACCACCAUCGCCUCCACUUCCACUCUCACGAUGUGAAUUACAUGAAUUACUCCUCGCCCUCCCUAAUCGUCUACAGGAAUCCCCAUGGCAUCUCUGUUACGAUACUGAACACGAUGGCUUUUCACUGCAGAACUUCUAUCGCGUUAUGCAAAAAGUGAAUGCAGAUGGAUAUAGUGGUAUUGGUGUGUUUGUAGUGACGAGUGGAGUAUUGGACUCACAACCAUUAUCAUCAACAACAACAACAACAACAACAUCGCCGGGUGAAAACGCUACUGUGAUUGGCUGUUUUACACCGCAGGUGCCAUGCUUGGAACACUCACAACACGGAUUCUUUGGAACGGAAGAAACAUUUGUUUUUAGCUACGCAAAUGGACUAUUACCUAAUAAUAAUAAUAUUAGUAAUAAUAAUAGUAAUAAUAACAUUAGUACUAGCUUGAGUGGUUUGGGGAGACGUGGCUCACAACUCUCUACUACUAAUAUGUCUAUGGGUGUAAUAGGAAAGAAUAAUAAUAAUAAUAAUAAUAAUAAUAUUCGUAGUUCCAAUGGGUAUGGAUCACCCUUCUAUUCACCUCCACAGACGCCGGCUGGCCGUGUAUCUACACUAUUACCUCGUAUCUUAUCUUUUUACGGUUGGGUGAUGGAAGAAGAUAAUAGAGAGUUUAUAUUCUGUGCGAAUGAUUUCUUUGGUAUUGGUGGGGGUCGUGAUGGGGCGGCUAUUUUAGUGGAUAGUAACUUAUUGCAUGGAAGUAGUAGUAUUCACUGUGGGACCUUUGCCUCUCCACCACUCUGUGGAAAAGUCCAUCCAACACUGCGGCACUCUGAGUUUACAAUUCUUCGAAUGGUGUGGUUUAAAGUAAAAGAGCGAAAGAGAAGCUUUACUUGUAUGGAUUUACCGAAACGGGAACCGUGUGAGUGUGGGAGAGUGAUGGAAAGUAUGUUUGGGGGUUUUAGAAAGUGUUUACAGAAUAAUGCAGAGAAGAAGGGUUGGCAUCUCUGUAGUGAUGACCUGGGCGUACUUUUUACUUCCAGAUAA